UAUGAACGUUUCAAGUAGCGCUUCCCUCCUGUAAUUGGCUAAAGAAAGAAACAUAUUGUAUAUUUCACUCUGCGGUAUAAAGGAUUCCAGUAAGCUUGCUUCAUUUCACUUGGAAAGCCGCGGAGCUUCAUAUGGUGCUGUUCUGGGUAAGCCUCUUAUAGAGUCCCUGCUACAGCAGAUGCGGGGAGAAUGCCAAUGAGGAGCUCCUGCUGGGAGAGAAACUGUCGGCUGUUCUGCUGUCUGCGCCGGAGCCGCGUCUGCCUGCGCGCUCGGGCUGUUAGGGACUCACAACAAAUACUGGAACAUUCCCUGCUCAAACAAGUGGAGAAGAUGGAGUAAGAGGGCAGGUCCCUGCGGAUCCGGGCCGUCGGGAAACUACAGAACCCCGUCUCUGCGCGCCCGAGCAGAGCCAUGCUCCCCCAGAAACCCGGCCGGGUGUCGGACCCGUUCGGAGGGGAGCGGCCGCAGGGCCGGGUGUCGGACGCCGGGACCCAGAAACACUCCCGGGUGUCGGACCCGUUCGGAGGGGAUCGCCCCCAGGUGCCGCCGCGGCGCCUCAGGAGCCGGGACUUCCCGGUGAUCGCGCGGCGCCGGCGCUCCGGCUCCGCGCCCGAGCGCAGGGUCAACUGCGUCCUGGUGGGAGACGGAGCCGUGGGCAAGACCAGCCUCGUCGUCAGCUACACCACCAACGGAUACCCCGCAGAAUAUGUCCCCACUGCGUUUGAUAACUUUACAGUGAUGGUUGUGGUUGACGGGAAACCCGUGAGGGUGCAGCUGUGCGACACCGCGGGACAGAAAUGGGGGCUGGUUGACGAAUCCGUUAAUGAUGAGCUGGAGCGCUUCCGGCCGCUGUGCUACAAGAACGCUGACGUGUUCCUGCUCUGCUACAGUGUGGUGCGUCCCUGCUCCUUCCGUAACCUGACGGACAAGUGGCUCCCUGAGAUCCGCCAGCAGUGCCCCGGUGUGCCCCUGGUGCUGGUCGCCACCCAGCUGGACCUGCGGGAGGACGUGCAGGUGCUGAUCCACCUGGCGCAGAACCAGCAGCGGCCGGUGGGGACGGACGAGGGCCGGCGGCUGGCCCAGGAGCUCGGGGCCGUCGGCUUCGCAGAGUGCUCGGCGUUGACUCAGAAGAACCUGAAGGAUGCUUUUGACUCUGCCAUCCUGGCCAGCUUCCAGCUGACGGACAGCGGCGUCCAGCAGCAGAGGCUCACGCUCAGGAAAAAGACUCCCGAUAAGAUCAAGAGCCUCUCCGAGUCCUGGUGGGGUAAAAUUAGCUGUCUGGUGGGAGAGCAGAGCUGCCAACUGAAGUGAAAAGCUGCACGGAUACAAACCUGCGUUAGAUGAAUGUACUUUUUAUUCAACAGCUGACCAGAUGUGGCCAGAUGGGUGAAGGUGAUCACCACACAUGGACAACGCAACACUAUUCAGAGUUCAACAAUGUCCUUUGUUUCACACCUUAACAUAGUAUUUUGCAAUAUUGAUUACUUGUAGAUUGUUUAUUUAACUAUAUAUAUUUAUUUAUGUAUUGAGUUUUAUUGUUUCCACUGCCAGUGAUGGUUCUGCUCAGAAGCCUUGAAUAAAGUUUCUUACCUCUGCCUACACGAGGGCAGAGCAUCUCCUGGGUGAUUUGGCUCUAAUCUCUGGUUAAGCCGAAGAUCACAACUUUGCACAGCUCCCUGGUCCGACUCAGUCGGCCGGCUGCAGCCGCCUCUAAUAGAAGCAGACAGGACCACCUGGCCUGGAUUACACCAGCAUAUGGAGCCUGACGCGCUCACAUCACUACUGAUCACACCUCAACAAGCAGGACAAGCUGGCUGCUCCACUUUCAAGGGUUCACUGACUGUCGUGUGCAGCCCGGCAUAAGAAUAAGAUAGAAAUGGAUCAUGCUUUUUCUUAUAUCUUAUAUGAAAUUAUUCAUACAGUUGUAUAAACUGACCUUUUGUAAAGACAUUUUACACAGAAUUCAAAAUAAACCUCAGUGGUUUAAUGAAAUAAAACAAGUAUUUACAAUAAAAGACACAUUAGUAGCAAAUGUUUAUGUCUCCCUCUC